CCGCAGUGUUACUGCGAGAGAAAAAGAGAGGUUGUACUCGUGCUGAGGGCAGCGAGUCUCUAAGUGACAGACGGAGUGGCACCAGCAGUGCGGUAAAGAAAAGCUGGUCAGCAAGCGGGAAGAAAGCGAGACGGUGAUUCCCUACAGGGGCAGCUCUCUGAAAAGCUGCAAGUCAUCUUUUCAAGAUGGCAGUUCGCAACUCCAGCAAGGAUGAUGCAGAACGCUACCUCUUUGCAGACCGAGGUUAUGUGGCGAGCCCUGCUACACAGGCAGAUUGGACAGCUAAAAAGUUGGUGUGGGUAGCUUCAGAACGACAUGGCUUUGAGGCAGCAAGCAUGAAGGAAGAACGUGGUGAUGAGGUUGUGGUGGAACUGGCUGAAAAUGGGAAGCGGGUGGUUGUUAGCAAAGAUGAUAUUCAAAAGAUGAAUCCCCCCAAAUUCACAAAGGUGGAGGACAUGGCUGAGCUUACCUGUCUGAAUGAAGCAUCUGUCUUACAUAACCUCAAAGAUCGGUACUACUCUGGACUGAUCUAUACAUACUCUGGGCUGUUUUGCGUGGUGAUUAACCCAUAUAAAAAUCUUCCCAUUUAUACUGAGCAGAUUGUGGAAAUGUAUCGUGGGAAAAAGAGGCAUGAAUUGCCACCACAUAUAUAUGCAAUUUCUGAGACUGCAUACCGCAGUAUGCUUCAAGAUCGUGAGGAUCAGUCAAUCCUUUGCACGGGUGAAUCUGGUGCCGGAAAGACUGAGAACACCAAGAAAGUUAUACAGUAUCUUGCACAUGUGGCCUCAUCUCACAAGGCCCGGAAAGAACAUACUGUGCCGACCACCGUCAGUGUUUCAUACGGAGAACUGGAGAAGCAGCUUCUACAGGCCAACCCCAUCCUAGAAGCAUUCGGCAAUGCCAAGACUGUGAAGAACGACAACUCAUCUCGAUUUGGUAAAUUUAUCCGCAUCAACUUUGACGUGGCCGGAUACAUAGUCGGGGCCAACAUUGAAACCUAUCUGUUGGAAAAGUCCAGAGCUGUUCGGCAGGCAAAGGAUGAGAGGACCUUCCAUGCCUUCUAUCAGUUGUUGGUUGGAGCAGGGGAGCACCUCAAGACGGACUUGCUGCUGGAAUCUUUCAACAACUAUCGCUUUUUGUCAAAUGGGUAUCUUCCCAUCCCAGGACAGCAGGAUAAAGAUAAUUAUCAGGAGACUAUGGAGUCAAUGAAAAUCAUGGGCAUCAGCAACGAAGAGAUUACAUGCAUGUUACGGAUGGUGUCAGCAGUUCUUCAGUAUGGAAAUAUCGUCUUUAAGAAAGAAAGAAACACAGAUCAAGCCUCCAUGCCUGACAACACAGCUGCCCAGAAACUUUGUCACUUGAUGGGACUUAAUGUCACAGAGUUUUCCCGUGCUAUAUUGACUCCCCGUAUCAAAGUUGGCCGAGACUAUGUACAGAAGGCCCAGACCAAAGAACAGGCUGACUUUGCAGUGGAGGCUCUGGCAAAGGCCACCUAUGAGCGACUGUUCCGCUGGCUGGUACAUCGCCUCAACAGGGCUUUGGAUAGGACCAAGAGGCAGGGUGCUUCCUUUAUAGGUAUCCUGGAUAUUGCUGGCUUUGAGAUCUUUGAGCUGAACUCAUUUGAACAACUUUGCAUCAACUACACCAAUGAGAAGCUACAGCAGCUGUUCAACCACACUAUGUUCAUACUGGAACAGGAGGAGUACCAGCGGGAGGGCAUUGAAUGGAACUUCAUUGACUUUGGGCUGGACUUGCAGCCCUGCAUUGACCUGAUUGAGCGACCAGCAAAUCCCCCAGGUGUACUUGCUCUUUUGGAUGAAGAGUGCUGGUUCCCCAAAGCCACAGACAAAAGUUUUGUGGAGAAGUUGAUCCAGGAGCAAGGAACACAUCCCAAGUUCCAGAAAGCCAGGCAGCUGAAAGACAAAGCAGAUUUUUGUAUUAUACACUAUGCUGGGAAGGUUGACUAUAAAGCAGAUGAAUGGCUUAUGAAGAACAUGGACCCUUUAAAUGAUAAUGUGGCCACCUUACUUCACCAAAGCUCUGACAAGUUCACCGCAGAAUUGUGGAAAGAUGAAAUACAGAAUAUUCAGAGGGUUUAUUUCUAUGACACCUACGCCGUUCUGGAACAGCCCUCAGGUGAAAUGGACCGGAUUGUUGGACUUGACCAGGUUGCUGGAAUGGGAGACAUGUCAUUUGCCUCUUCCUACAAGACAAAGAAAGGCAUGUUCAGAACUGUAGGUCAGCUAUACAAGGAGUCACUUUCUAAGUUGAUGGCCACCUUGAGGAACACCAAUCCCAACUUUGUGCGUUGCAUCAUUCCCAACCAUGAAAAGAGGGCAGGAAAACUAGAACCUCAUCUUGUUCUGGACCAGCUACGCUGCAAUGGAGUCCUUGAAGGGAUACGAAUUUGCAGACAAGGUUUCCCAAACAGAAUAAUCUUCCAAGAGUUCAGACAGAGGUAUGAGAUACUGACUCCUAAUGCCAUUCCAAAGGGUUUCAUGGAUGGGAAGCAAGCCUGUGAAAGCAUGAUCAAGGCACUGGAACUGGACUCCAACCUCUACAGGAUUGGCCAAAGUAAGAUCUUCUUCAGGGCUGGUGUGCUGGCACAUCUGGAGGAAGAGAGAGAUUUGAAGAUCACAGACAUCAUUAUCCUCUUCCAAGCUGCAGCACGUGGCUAUCUUGCUAGGAAAGCAUUUAUCAAGAGGCAGCAACAAAUGAGCGCUCUGAAGGUGAUGCAGAGGAACUGUGCUGCGUACUUGAAGCUACGCAACUGGCAGUGGUGGCGGCUGUUCACAAAGGUGAAGCCACUGCUCCAAGUCACACGGCAGGAUGAGGUUGUGCAGGCUAAGGAUGUAGAACUACAGAAAGUGAAGGAGAAACAGCUAAUGGUGGAAAUGGACCUGAAUGAACUACAGCGCAAACACCAGCAGCUGGUAGAAGAGAAAUCAAUUCUGGCAGAACAGUUGCAGGCUGAAACCGAGCUGUUUGCUGAAGCAGAAGAGAUGCGUGCCCGGUUAGCUUCAAAGAAGCAAGAGCUGGAAGAAAUUCUUCAUGAUUUAGAGUCCAGAGUUGAGGAGGAGGAAGAGAGGAACCAGCAACUCCAGAAUGAAAAGAAGAAAAUGCAGCAGCAUGUUCAGGAUCUGGAAGAACAACUUGAAGAGGAAGAAGCAGCCCGGCAGAAGCUACAAUUAGAGAAGGUGACAACAGAAGCUAAACUUAAGAAAAUGGAGGAAGACAUCCUUCUUCUGGAAGACCAGAACUCAAAAUUCUCCAAGGAGAGGAAGUUAACUGAAGAUCGCAUUUCAGAAUUUACUUCGAAACUGGCAGAGGAGGAGGAGAAAGUCAAAAACCUUACAAAACUCAAGAACAAGCAUGAAGCCAUCCUGGCUGAUAUGGACGAUCGUCUAAAGAAGGAGGAAAAGACCCGUCAAGAGAUGGAGAAAAUGAAGAGGAAGCUCGAUGGGGAAACAACAGAUUUGCAAGAUCAGCUGCUGGAACUCCAACAGCAGAUUGAGGAGCUAAAGCUUCAACUGGCCAAGAAGGAAGAAGAACUACAGGCAGCACUAGCCAGGGUGGAUGAAGAGGUGUCCCAGAAGAACAGUGCCUUGAAGACCAUACGAGAGUUGCAAGCUCACCUUGCUGAGCUACAGGAGGACCUAGAGGUAGAAAGAUUGGCUCGGACCAAAGCAGAAAAGCAGAAGAGAGACCUAGGAGAGGAGUUGGAGGCCCUAAAGACUGAGCUGGAGGAUACUCUGGACUCCACAGCUGCUCAGCAAGAGCUAAGGUCAAAGCGUGAGCAAGAGGUGACAGAACUGAAGCGGGCAAUUGACGAAGACAGCAAAGCUCAUGAAGCACAGAUUACUGAAAUGAGGCAGCGUCACAAUCAUGCUUUGGAGGAGCUUUCUGAACAGCUGGAGCAGGCUCGCAGGUUUAGAGCCAACUUGGAGAAGACAAAACAGACCUUGGAUAGUGAGAAUUCAGAGCUUCUUAGUGAAGUGAAGUCCUUGCAGAACACCAAAAAUGAAUCUGAACAUCGACGAAAGAAAUUGGAGGGCCAAGUACAAGAGCUACAAGUGCGUGUUAUGGAGAGUGAGAGGGCCAAAGCAGAGAUGUCUGAAAGGGUGCAAAAACUGCAGGUGGAACUGGACAGUGUAUCUGGAAACCUUGGGUCAGCUGAAUCGAAAACCAUUAAGAUGGCAAAGGAAUUGUCUACUGUGGAGUCGCAGCUUAAGGAUGCUCAGGAGUUGCUGCAGGAAGAGACAAGACAGAAGCUAAACUUAAGCUCCAGAGUGCGACAGUUUGAGGAAGAAAAGACCAGACUUGUUGAACAAGUGGAAGAGGAAGAGGAAGCAAAGAAAAGCGUGUCCAGGCAGCUUCUGUCCAUGCAGCAGCAAAUGGCAGAAAUGAAGAAGAAAAUGGAAGAUGACCUGAGUGUAGUGGACACUUUGGAGGAUGGAAAGAAGAAGGCUCUUAAGGAAGUGGAAAUGCUGACACAGCGUCUGAGUGAGAAGGCUCAAGCUUAUGAGAAGCUGGAAAAGACCAAAACCCGACUACAACAAGAGCUAGAUGAUCUAACUGUGGACUUGGACCAGCAAAGGCAGAUAGUUUCCAACCUGGAAAAAAAACAGAAAAAGUUUGACCAGAUGCUGGCAGAGGAGAAGAGCAUUUCUACCCGUCAUGCAGAGGAACGUGAUCGGGUAGAAGCAGAGGCUCGUGAAAAAGAGACAAAAGUGUUGUUCUUGAGUAGAUCAUUGGAGGAGGCUUUAGAUGCAAAAGAUGAACUAGAAAGACUAAACAAACAGCUUCGCGCAGAGAUGGAUGAUCUUAUGAGCUCCAAGGAUGACGUUGGAAAGAAUGUUCAUGAGCUGGAAAGGUCCAAGCGGGCUCUGGAGCAGCAGGUACAGGAAAUGAAGACUCAACUUGAGGAAUUGGAAGACGAACUCCAGGGAGCUGAGGAUGCAAAACUGAGGCUGGAGGUUAAUAUGCAGGCAAUGAAGGCACAGUUUGAGCGGGACCUUCAGAACAGAGAUGAUUCAAAUGAUGAAAAGAAGAGGUUGCUGGUUAAACAGUUCCGGGAAAUGGAGGUAGAGCUAGAUGAUGAAAGGAAACAGAGAGCACUAGCUGUUGCUGCUAAGAAGAAGCUAGAAAUGGAUCUGCAGGAAAUAGAAGGACAAAUUGACGGGGCUAAUAGAGCGCGAGAUGAGGCCAUUAAGCAGCUUAAGAAAUUACAGAUUCAAAUGAAAGAACUGAUUCAUGAAGUAGAAGAAUCACGGAGUGCUCGAGACGAGAUCUUUGCCCAGUCCAGAGAGAAUGAGAAGAGGCUGAAGAGCCUAGAGGCUGAACUGCUGCAGUUAACAGAAGAGCUUGCAGCAGCUGAACGUGCAAAGCGUCAAGCCCAGCAGGAAAGAGACGAAAUGGCCGACGAAAUGGCAAACAGUGCUUCUGGCAAGUCUGCACUGCUUGAUGAGAAGCGAAGACUUGAGGCCAGAAUUGCACAGCUGGAAGAAGAACUAGAUGAGGAACAAAGCAACUCAGAGCUGAUAAAUGACCGGUACAGAAAAUCAACCAUACAAGUGGAGACAAUGACAACAGAACUUGCUGCUGAGCGGUCUCAAACUCAGAAGGCAGAGAAUGCCAGGCAGCAGUUGGAGAGGCAAAACAAGGAUUUGAAAGCAAAACUCGGAGAACUUGAAGGUGCAGUCAAGUCUAGGUACAAGAUAGCCAUCGCAAGUUUGGAGUCCAAGAUUAGUCAGUUAGAAGAACAGCUUGAUCAGGAGUCCAAGGAGAGAGCAAUAGCAAAUAAGCUGGUGCGCCGCUCUGAGAAGAGAUUGAAAGAAAUUGUUCUGCAAGUUGAAGAUGAAAGAAGACAAGCUGACCAGUACAAAGAUCAGGUAGAGAAGUCAAGUCUGCGUUUGAAACAACUGAAGCGUCAGCUUGAAGAAGCAGAAGAGGAUGCUUCUCGAGCAAAUGCCAGUAGACGCAAGCUGCAGAGAGAACUUGAAGAUGUGACGGAAUCUGCAGAGUCCAUGAACCGAGAGGUCAAUACAUUAAAGAGCAGACUAAGCAAGUUAGAACGUCUCUCUGGAAAACGUGGCCCAUUUAGCAUCACAACACGUACCACUCGACGCAUCUUCCAGGUUGGUGAAGUUUCUUUGGAGAACUCAGACGAUGACACAGAAAGCAAAGAUGGAGAUGCAAGUGCUAGCUUUCCUCAGACAGAAUGAGUCCCGAUCCUUAGACAAAGAUGGAUUGAGGAAAGAAGAACUCAUAUUUGCAACACUAAAAGACAUUUCACUUCAAUUGCAGAUUCAAAUGGCAUGCUAUUUAUCUUGAAUCUGGUUGAUAAACAGUAAUAUGGCACAUUUAUAAUGGUACAAUACAGAGAUCCUUCAAGACUGGAAUAAACAAAGAAAUAUCUUAUAUCUAGCAAUUAUGGGGUAUGACAUUAAAGUUUUUUUAUUUUGUUUUUGCACCUGCAGAGCAUACGUCAUCUCAGAAACCAUAACUUGUCAGUUGUGCAUAACUCUUUGAAUUAUUUUAAAUUUCACAAGAGCAACAUUAUCUGACUUGUACCUGUUUCACAAUUUUUUAGGCAGACAAUUCAGAAUCUUUUUAAUUAGAGAGCAGAGUAGUUAUAACUGUUGUGUUUUUAAUAUGCUUUUCAGUAAUACUGGAGUAGUGGAGAGUGAGCGUGACCAUAUAAAACAGAGAUGCCUGGGUCUUCUAGCCUUACCACAAUUUAGCUGUGAAUCUCUGCCCAAACCCACAGGUAGCACUUUAGGGGGCAUCUCUGAUAUGGUGUUCCUGCCUUUCUUGUCAUGGGUAAAGAUCUGCACACUGGGUACCACUGUGGCAAGUUAGUUUUGUGCACCUUUUUAUGCCAUUUUCUGCAAAGACCAAAAUGUUUUCAGGAUUGCCAUACUUCACUUUUAUUGUUGAUGCUGUGGCAGUUACUUGCUCCAGAACUGGAGACAGGCUAGUUACUAUGCCUUUUAUGUUUUUUGUACAGUCUAAUGUGUAUUAAAUUGCCACAUGUAAUUUCAUCUGCUGCUCUGAAUAAUUUGUUUCCCCAUUUAUGAAUUCCCAAAUUGGAAUGGGGGGGCUGAUUUGCAUUCUUGUAUAAUGUCUCUUAGUUUUAUAGAUGUGCCUUUACUGAAAUGUAGUGGCUGACUUCCGCUAAUUCUCGUAUAUAACGCUUCCAGGCAAAUAUUCCUUCAUCUGAACUGUCUCAUUACUAAGACUGGUAACAACUUUAUUUGAAACACUACACAGCUGUCCUUAAGGUAUCAGCAGUAGUUUUACCUUCCUGGUUGAAACAAGAUUUUUUUUAUGUUUACCUUAAACUGCAGAAGUGAGUAAGCAGAUUUAAAAUACUUCUGUUUAUGGAAAGGUGGGAAGAUAUUGAGCUAGCAGAGCUGUAUAAAUAACGACUCCUUGUCACUGGCAGAAUACUUGUGUUUGAUGCUGCCUGAUAAAAGAUGUAAAGAGAAACUUUAACACAUUUUAGGUUUUCAAAGUAGAAUAUCUGUGAAGGAAACUUAGUUAUACUCCCAAGUCCUUUCUACUAAGUGCCUUACGGAGGGUGCAGAUUAUUUAUUUUAGGCAUUAAAAGGCAUUGUGUGCAUAGGAGAAGAAGCAUUUUCCACUAGUUUGGGUAAUUUUUGCUCCAGCAUCUAUCUCUAAAAAUACUGUAUGUAUUGCACAAACAGUCCUUACAGUGAAAUGUUUUCAAAAGUUCAUGUGCACUGAGGGUGAAAAUGCUGCAGAUGUGUUAUUUUUGUUUGUGAGAUCCCAUUUACCAGGUUGGCCUUCUUAUACCACUUCAGAGCAUAAGUGUGACAGUUACACCCUGUCAGUGUCACUGUUAUCAUUUGGUAAAUGUUUUUAACUAUUUGUAAACUGGAAGUAAAACAACUGAUUACCGAAGUAUUGGAGAGACAUGUAACUUGUGCCUGAGGGUCUGUUUGUACAGUGACAUUUAACAUGAUAAAUAGUUCCUUGGUUGAUAAGUGAAGCUGCUUUCAAGUUAUUUCUCAAACUAAGCUGCUUACUAAUCAUCCCAUAGUUCAUCCAUUGUUACUGAUGGGUAGGAUGUGCUGCCACGUGGGACUCUGCAUUUUGUUACAUUAGUUCAUCUAGAUAUUGUUGGUAUUUGUUAAACGUAUUCAUAUAAUGAAAUUUGUACUUUUCCACAAGUACUGUAAUUUCUUCCUGUAAUGUACACAGUCUUUGCACUUAAGAGAAGAGCUACCUGUCUUGGCUCAUGGUACUGUUCAGGCUGCUUGCAACUAAAAAAUAAUAUACGACAAAGCAUUAACUUCAUCUCCUAAGCUGCUGGCUGCUGCUGUGUUGUAAGUUUUAGCUAGACUGACUGACCUUAGUAGGUGUCAUCUUCAACCUUUUUUUUUUUAGUUGCUACAUUCUACUUGGGAAUAAUGGUCAGUAAUUUUGAAUGAAUAGUAGGUAAAUAAUUCAUUUUCAAGCACAACCAUAAUUACUGAGACAUUGACAUUCUUCAGACUAGACAGUAGUCUUUAUUGGACUGUUUUUUUUUUUUUUUUUUUUUUUGCUUAGACUGCAUAAUCAUGGUAACAACUUAUAAUUUAUUCAUAUGGGUGUCAUAGGGUAAUCUCACUUGGGUGUUUGUGCUUAUACACAGAUGCAUAAGUAUACACACUUAAAUGUCUUUUGUGUGAUUGUCUUUCUCUACCUGUAAUUUCCUGGCUGGGCCAGAUGAGAUACAUGUCCUGUGAAAAAGUGAGAGUCAGUUUCUCAGUUGUUAAAUAGUAUGUAAUUACUUAUAACAUCAGGACACCGUUUCGUACAUUGACAUAUCUUUUUUGUUUAUAUGUAAGGGAUGUUUUCCUAACUAGUUUUCCACAUCUGAUACUAAUUCUUCAGGCUCUGCAAGACCUCUGAAAAUCAGAUUAACUUUAGUAAGUAAUGUAAAUCCAGAAUAAACUGCACUGAGACUA